GUCGGCCAGCCGGGAACCUGCUGCUGCUGUGUACUGCUCUCCCUACACGCUGAUCAGAACAGGCAGCACCCAAGUAAGCACCGAGUUAGAACCAUGGCAAAGGCAAGCUGCGUGAUGACGAGCGACGAGGAGGGGCUUACCGGAUCUCUGAUGCUUUCACAGGCCCAGGAGGAAGCCCCCACCAUCAUUUCGGGAGAGAUAGCAGGCAUGAGGCCGGGCCGACACGGCAUCCGCGUGCACGUUUUUGGGGAUUUUUCCGAGGGUUUGGUAAGCGCGGGAGGCAUCUUCAACCCGUUCAGCAAGAAUCACGGCGCUCCGGACGACGAGGACCGAAUGGUGGGGGACUUGGGGAACAUAGACGCGGAUGAUGCUGGCGUGUGCAAGGUGCACUUGGAAGACCGAAUGGUGAGGCUUAUCGGGCCCCACUCCAUCAUCGGGCGGUCUAUCAUCAUCACUGCAGGGGAAGAUGACCUUGGCCGGGGUGGCCACGAGUUGUCUCUCACAACGGGUAACGCGGGAGCCAGGGUGUGCGGCGGCGUGGUGGGCAUUGCGGCCUCCAAGUAGACAGACAAGGACGGCAGAAGCGAUUGGAAUGCCUCCCAAGUUUUUCAUAGUUGGUGGGACCUUNGGGGGGGGGGGGGGGGGGGGGGGGGGGGGGGGGGGGGGGGGGGGGGGGGGGGGGGGGGGGGGGGGGGCGGGGAGAACAGCAGGCUAGCGAACCGGAGGCGGAGAGGGCGGCGCCCUAGAUCUAGAUAUGGACGGGUUGUCAUUCGACUGCCAAAAAAUGAAGAGAAGGUGCCAGGAGUCUUCAUGCGCUGUUGUUGUUUGAUCCAUCACGACCACCGUCGCAUGAUGGCUGUCGGGUGCCAGCCUUUGUCGUAGGGACUGGAAGUUUUGUGUUUCGUCGAAGGUUAUGGCGAGUACCGCAGUUGGGCUGGGCAGUCGCAUUGAACCCCUCCGGGCCGUGGUUGUUUUUUUGGGGCGUUUUCGCUGCCUGAUAGUCCAGCACUUAACGAAAUGCCAGUGUUGCCCCCCGCCCCCCCCUCCACUCGGCCUGGUCGCUUUGAGUUGAUGUGUGUGCCACGAGGUACAAAAGUGAGUUGUGACGUAUGCGUACGUGUUGGUGACUCUUGCUUGUUCGCUACACUAGCAAUAUUCCCCGACGCUUGUAUCGUUGAUUGUGUCCCGUGGGGAGAGGGGGUUGGUGGUCGAGCGCUAUUGCGCCGCUCGUGGCUGCAUGCACCCACGGGUAGUGCAGGUGUUAGCGACAGUGGACCGAGAAUGCGCCAUUGCAAUGGAGAAGUUUUGGUUUGGACGAGUCCUUUAGCAUGUGGACCCGAUCGAAUCCUCCCCCACACGAGACAGUAUGCCUGUGGUUUUUCGUGAGCGGAAGGUGCCCUGGGCGUUCCAUGCACGCAGAGACCUUUAUAACGCACGAGAACCGAACGAGAUUCGCGACGGGUUGUGCGCCUGGCGCCGUUCUUCGAGAACCGUUAA